CUUGUCUUCCUGAUUGUCUACGUACACUUUGUGUCAGGACUGGACGUCCCUCAGCCUAAAAAACUGGCUGUGAAUAUUUUGGAUGGGGAGGUAAUAGUGCUUUGGAGACAUCCUGCGGACGCCCCAUCAAACUCCCACUACAAUGUACAAAUGGCAAAGUACAACGGUGAAUGGGACGUGGUGGCCAGCUGCACCGGGAUCAUAAAUACCUACUGUGACCUUAGGCAGCCUUGCAAAUUGCAGGCUCCCUCGUUUAUUUUGUGGGCAACUUCCAGCACUUUGACAGUUUAUGUUAACAAAAAACCCAUUCUGAAAAAACUCUUUCCUUAUGGGCUCACCUACACCAUAAACCUGGAGGAGAGAGGACAAUAUAAAAAGAACACGACAGCAUACCUAAAAGAUGACGUGGGGGAGGAUCAGAGGAACUAAGACUUUCAGUCUCUCCACUGGGGGCGAGAGUACUGUGUCAGCGUCCAAGUAGAGGGCAUUGGAGCUCUGUCCACCAGCAGUGUGUCGAAACAGUGUCUGCUGCUCCCAGAGCAACAAUGGUUCAAUGCUGUGUCAUCCUUAAUUAUUCUGGGUGUGCUGGUCAGCGUUGCCAUCAUGGCAACAUUCUCCUGUGUUAACCUGAGACGUCAGAAAACAAACCCUGCUGCAUUGAAAUCGACUGUAAGUGGCUGGCUUCCACUUUCCGUUGGGAAGAGACUAUGGAGGUGGUACAGACAAAGGAUGGUUUCCUGUCCAGCAAAAAAAACAGAAGUGAAAAACAUGUGUCAAAGAUCAGUGGCACAUGAUACGGUAACUGAGGACAACAGAGAGGAGGACAGGAGGACCAGCAUGGACAGCGGCAUGGGCAUGGAGGCCAAUUCUGCAACCCGCAGAGGAAGUCCUCCAAUGAGACAAGAGGACAGUGGCUGUGGGAGCUUAGGAGAACAAGAGAGCUCCACUAGCUGUCACACGGAUUACCCACUAAAGGAGGAGAGGACUGACACCGACAUAUGGCUAAGAGGAGGACAGAGGACUCUUGAUUCUUCUUCACAAUGACUCUGGAGGGGUCAGGACAGUAGAUCGCUAAGGUUGCUUGGGGUUAAUUAUCGCAGCCAAAUCCCCUCUGCUGUGCAGAUUCAUGUCUGUGAUGAUGAGCAGGAAGCAAUUUAAACAAGGAUGCUUCCUGACUCCGUUUCGGUGGAAGUGUUCACAGGUUACAGGGCUGGGCUUCAAUACUGUAUUUGUUCAGGAGCAGGACAGUGCACUUGGUGCCAUAAACACGCCCACUAUGAAACCGAAAGUAUCAAACAAUACAAAGCGUUGUGUAUUGAAAAUGGACUACUGAGCGCAAAUUGUGAUUUUGUGGACUCUUACAAAGGAGAGCUUACAUUUUUCAAGUUAUUCUAAAAAACACAAAUGGACACUGUUGUGGUGGAUGACUUAGAACAACUUUUUACAAUUGGGGGAGACUUCCUUCUUCUAACCGCUCUAUCGCCAACGCCCCUAGUGGACGGAGGACAGGACCUCAACAUGAACCACCUGCCCCUCUCUCUCUGUGACGUACAGCUGAAGACUGACUGACGCACUGUGGAAUGCAACAACGCUAUUCAUCAAAACAUGCUGACAUAACCUCCAUACCUGAGGACUAUAUUGAUCAUUUCCUUUUCCUUCAUGACACAAUCAUUCAAAUGGAAAAUGUGAGUCAUGAAAUAGAAGCAAAAGUCAAUAAUUGGGGGUAGAGGAAUUGCUCCAGAAUGAAAAUUUGAAGAGAAAAGAGGAAACCUGUAAAGAGACACAGGACAAGCCACAGGCUGUUAUUGAACACAGGACGGAAACAGACGUUAACCCAGCUGCUGGCUGGUAGCUGUUGGUUAGAGUCUCAGGAGCUUCUAGAGAUGGAGAACAUAACCUCAAAGACCUUAUUCAACCCUAUCACACUGGGUAUAUUUACAACUGCUGUAUGCCGGAAGUGAAACUGGCGUGGAGAGCCAGUUUAACAGUGACAUGCUCUUGGGCAUUUAGUGAGACUUCUCCCUUAUCUCAUCUACGCCAACAAUGUCUGUAACCCACCCAGUAAAGCUUAUGAAAAGUAUUUUUUUUCUCACCACCUUAAAAGAAGCUGUCUCUGGAAUGUUCUGCGAAUGUCAUACAUUCACACAAAAAAACAACCAAGUGACAUGAUGUUGAUUUCAGGAAACCAUGACUGGAAGAAACCCAGAAACAAACAGAUUGACACUCGCUGGAAAAAUAUUACAAUUAACUUUGCUGUAGAUUGGGAUCCCCAUAUGCAAAUAAUGUGUACAGGAACCAGAGAGGUGGUUUCAAGCUUUUCAUUUGAGAACACAAACCCUUCCUCUUUCAGGUUUCGACUCAGUUCAAAAAAAAUCUCAGUGAAAUAAUAGCUUCACUUAUGCUGUUAGGAAAUGCCACCUCUUGAUGAAGCAGAUCCCUGGCAGUGGUGGGGAAAUCAUGUGACCUACUAAACAUACUUGACUACAGGGGAAGUGAGACAGCUUUUGGCUAAUCCUAAA